AUGGUGCUGAGGCGCUGCCUGCAGCUGCUGGCGCCCUUGGCGGAGCCGGCGCGGCGGGGCCCGGGGCGGAGGAACUCGGGCGCCGGCCACCGGGGCCCCUCCCGCUGCGCUGGGGCGCUGUGUCCGGGGGCGCUGUGGCCAGUCGCCGAGGAGCCGCAGCUGCAGAGGCGGCGGCGCGCGCGCCGGACCGCCCCCCGCGCCAGGUCUUCACCAAAGAACAUGGAUGAAAAUGAAACCGACCAGUCCCUGAUGCCAAGUAGCCGGUACCCUGAAGAAGCGGUAAGAAAGCGCCCAAAUUCACGGAAUUCUGGAGGACGUGAUUCUUCUAGGUUUUCCAGGAAGAGUUUCAAGCUGGAUUACAGACUAGAAGAAGAUGUAACUAAAUCAAAGAAAGGGAAGGAUGGGAGAUUUGUUAACCCUUGGCCAACGUGGAGAAGUCCGUCUAUUCCAAGUGUUCUCAGAUGGCUGAUAAUGGAAAGAGAUCACAGCAGUGUUCCAUGCUCCAAAGAGGAGCUUGAUAAAGAACUCCCGGUGCUUAAGCCAUAUUUUAUUGAUAACCCUGAAGAAGCUGGAGUGAGGGAAGCUGGCUUGAGAGUCACGUGGCUGGGACAUGCGACGGUGAUGGUGGAGAUGGACGAGCUCAUCUUGCUCACAGACCCCGUCUUCAGCGCUCGGGCCUCCCCAUCGCAGCACGUGGGCCCCAAGCGGUUUCGUCGUCCCCCGUGUGCUGUCGCCGAGCUGCCCCGCAUAGACGCGGUCCUGGUCAGCCACAGCCACUACGACCACCUGGACUACAAUUCUGUCAUCGCUCUCAACGAGCGAUUCGGUAACGAGCUGAGGUGGUUUGUGCCUUUGGGGCUCCUGGACUGGAUGCAGAAAUGCGGCUGUGAGAAUGUGAUCGAGCUGGACUGGUGGGAGGAGAACUGUGUCCCCGGACAUGACAAGGUCACCUUUGUCUUCACGCCUUCCCAGCACUGGUGUAAAAGGACUCUGAUGGAUGACAACAAGGUUCUCUGGGGGAGCUGGUCUGUCUUGGGGCCUUGGAACCGAUUUUUUUUCGCAGGAGAUACUGGUUAUUGCUCUGCUUUUGAAGAGAUAGGAAAAAGAUUUGGCCCUUUUGACCUUGCAGCUAUUCCCAUUGGAGCGUAUGAACCAAGGUGGUUUAUGAAGUACCAGCAUGUAGACCCAGAAGAGGCUGUAAAGAUUCACAUUGAUGUUCAGACAAAGAAGUCUGUGGCAAUUCACUGGGGAACUUUUGCCUUAGCAAAUGAGCAUUAUUUAGAGCCUCCAGUGAAACUGUGUGAAGCUCUAGAAAGGUACGGACUUAAGACUGAGGAUUUUUUUGUCCUGAAGCAUGGCGAAUCAAGAUACCUUAAUACUGAUGAUGAAGAUGUUGAGUAA